CCACAUGUGUGCCAGGAGUACUCCCUGGAAGAGCUGGCAAAGGCAACGGCGGAUUGGGCAGAGGAGAACAGGAUUGGCAGCGGCAGUGAAGGAGAUGGCCAGCAAGCACCACCCUCAUCUUGUACGACUGCUUGGUUUUUGUAUCGAUGUGAACACAGUCACAAGGUAUAUGGAGCAGAUCUUGAUUUAUGAAUACAUGGAAAACAAUGACCUUGAGAGCUGGAUCGGGCCCAAUGUGCAUAACCCCCUCUCCCUGCGGCAACGUCUGGACAUUCUGAUUGGAGUGGCUAAGGGGCUGCAGUACCUUCAUGACUUUGGCAUUGUGCAUCGUGACAUCAAGCCGGCCAACAUCCUCCUCGAUGCAAAAAUGCAGGCCAAGAUUGCGGACUUUGGGCUGGUGAAGCUGAGUGGAGGCACCUCCAUGGGCACCUCUGUGGCGGCCACUCGAGUGAUGGGAACACCAGGCUAUGUGGACCCCGCCUACUACAAGACACACAUGGCCACCCCGGCAGCAGAUGUGCACAGCUUUGGAGUGGUGAUGCUGGUGGUCAUCACUGCGCGCAAGGCCAUAUGUGUUACAGAAGAAAGCCACAUCAACCUCAAGCAGUGGGUGAGCAAAAAGUAACAUGGUUGUCAAUAAUGAGUGAUG